UCUCUUCAACUUUCUCCCCACUUUCUCACGAAUCUCGAAAUCAGAUUACCAACAAGGCGGACGCUAGCUGCGCUACACUCACAUACUAGACCUAUCGAUCAACUGCCGCCCAACGACUUGAACCGGAAGCCCUUGAACGAUUACCCUCAACUGCAUACCACAGUCGCUCGCCUGUAACCUCUAUCGACAGCCAUGGGUGAUCUCACUCCAACGGACGUCCUCUCAUGGCCAAAACCCAACUAUGUCGACCCCGAGUCUCGCCGCGAAAUCAUCCUCGCUGCCGAGAUUCCGCUUACUGUGGUCAUGACGGUUUUCAUGGGAGCGCGGAUGUAUUCCAGAUGGCACUUAAAAGCGCUUGGAGUAGAUGACUGGACAAUGUUUCUGUGCUGGAUGAUGGGCACAGCAAUAUGUAUAGUAAACUGCUACUCAACCCUGUGGGGAACUGGCCUGCACGUAUGGGAUAACAAGCCUGAAUGGAUACCAACAUCGGGGAGGCUGGCGCUCGCAACCCAAAUGCUGUUUGGGCCCUGUGUUGGUCUUACAAAAUUCAGUAUUUGCUUGACUUAUCUGCGCAUAUUUCCAUCCCAAGGCAACCGUUACUUCUGUUACGCGGCUAUGGCCUGGCUAAUUACUUGGACUAUUGCAAUCUUCUUUACCUUUCUUUUCCAGUGCUUGCCUAUAUCAGACAACUGGGACCUCUUGAAAUUCACGAAUAGGAAUUGCAUCAACCAAAAGGCUUUCUUUAUCGCUGCUGCCGCUACAAAUAGUUUCACGGAUAUUGCCGUAUAUCUAUGGCCUGCGCGAUUUCUAUGGAAUAUCCAGUUGCCAAAGUCACAGCGGCUAGGCUUGGUCGUCUCUUUCAGUUUGGGUUGUAUAGUCUGUGUUGCGGGCAUAUGUCGCAUCUGGUAUCUCAAAAUCUACUUCGGCUCCUCCGACGUCAGUUGGGAAGGGGCAAUUGUUUAUGUCAUCACCACCAUCGAGACAAACGUCGGGAUCAUCUGUGGGUGCAUUACUGGAAUUAAACCGAUCCUGUCCAAACUAUUCCCUCGGCUAUUCGGCUCCACGCAGAGCAAAGGAUCCUCCGACCGCACCAAGAGCUACGGAAAGCGCUCGUUCCCCUUCCAGUCCCUCCCAGAAGACUCGGUCAAUCUCAAGCCUGAGACCGGUAAUAGCGGGGGCAUCACCGUCAGGCAAGACAUCGAGCUGACGCGGUACACGCCAACCAGCGCCGGCGGCGAUGAAAGAAGCGAACCAGCAAGCACGGGAAGGAGCGGGAGCGAAGAGUGGAUCUUUGAUCCGAGGGGUAGGCCCGCAGGGGCUGCCGGCGCAAUGAAAGUCUGAUGUUUCUGACAAGGCACGAGUGAUCUUCAGGAACGGGUGCGGCGCUGAGUGGAGGAAUUUCCUGCACUAUGUAUAUACAUAGGUCUGAUAUAAUCGCCCUAUACGAUCGUCACGAAUAUUUGCAUGGUUCGGUCUAAGAGGAAAACGGCUUCGAGUUGGUUUCGAUUUCACGAGAGGGGUAGAAUUCUCCUACCACGCAAAAUGCGCUGUCAAAUCUACACAUAAAUCUGGUCUUAAUCGAAGAAGACAAUAGUACCUCCAAUUAUUCU